CGGCGCGCGGCGGGCGCAGAGCGCGAUGAGCGCGGGCUGAGGGAGGGUCGGGGCCACCCGCGGCCAUGGUGGCGCACGACGAGCUCGGCGGGCUGCUGCCCAUCAAAAGGACUAUCCGCGUCAUCGACGCGCAGAACCAGCACUUCAGGGAGCAGGAGGAGCCAAGCACCAAACGGGUCCGGCCUUUAGCACGAGUCACCUCCCUGGCCAACCUGAUCUCCCCUGUCAGAAAUGGGGCCGUGCGACGCUUCGGGCAGACAAUCCAGUCGUUCACCCUUCGCAGCGACAGCAAAUCCCCUGGCUGUUCCCAGAAGUCCUGCAGCAGAUCUGCUGCUCCCACUCCCCCUAAGAGAAGGAACAGCGUCCUGUGGUCCGAAAUGCUGGACACCAACACGAAGGAAUCCCUGAGCACCAAAGAAAUCAAGCGCCAGGAGGCCAUCUACGAAAUGUCCAGGGGAGAGCAGGACCUGAUUGAAGACCUGAAGCUGGCCAGGAAGGCUUACCACGAUCCCAUGCUGAAACUCUCCAUCAUGUCCGAGGAGGAACUCAACCACAUUUUUGGGGACUUGGAUUCCUACAUCCCCCUGCACGAAGACUUACUGGCAAGCUUGGGAGAAGCAACGAAGCCAGAUGGAACAGUGGAGCAGAUUGGGCCCAUCCUUGUGAAGUGGUUACCCCAGCUCCACGCCUACAAAGGCUACUGCAGCAACCAGCUGGCAGCCAAAGCGCUCCUGGAUCAGAAGAAGCAGGACAGGAGAGUCCAGGAUUUCCUGCAGCGCUGCCUGGAGUCUCCCUUCAGCCGCAAGCUGGACCUGUGGAGCUUCCUGGACAUCCCCCGGAGCCGCCUGGUCAAGUACCCGCUGCUCCUCAAGGAGAUCCUGAGGCACACCCCCAAAGACCACCCCGACAUCCACAUCCUGCAGGAGGCCAUCUCCAUAAUCCAAGGAGUCCUGUCUGACAUCAACCUGAAGAAGGGUGAGUCUGAGUGCCAGUACUACAUUGACAAGCUGGAAUAUCUGGAUGAGAAGCAGAAGGAUCCCAGGAUUGAGGGCAGCAAAGCUUUACUGUGCCACGGGGAGCUGAAGAAUAAAAAUGGACACAAGCUCUACGUGUUCCUGUUCCAAGAGAUCCUGGUGCUGACGCGGCCGGUGACGCGCAACGAGCGCCAGGCGUUCCAGGUGUACCGGCAGCCCAUCCCCGUGCAGGAGCUGCUCCUCGAGGACCUGCAGGACGGGGACGUCAAAAUGGGGGGCUCCUUCCGAGGGGCCUUCGGGAAUUCCGAUAAAGCCAAAAACAUCUUCCGAGUGCGUUUCCAAGAGCCCAGCCCGGGCCAGUCGCACACGCUGCAGGCCAACGACGUCUUCCACAAGCAGCAGUGGGUGAACUGCAUCCGCACGGCCAUCGCCCCGUUCCAGAGGAACAUUCCCGCCCCCGAGCUCCAGGAGCUGCCGGAGCUGAGCGAGGAGUCGGAGGAGAACAACCCCUCCGUGCCCAACAUCCCGGCCCAGAGGCGCCCGUCGGGAGCAGCCGAGAUGGAGCUGGACCAGAGCGCGGCCGAGCGCGGCCCCGACCCGGACUCGGAGCAGCCCAAAGCGGGGAAAUCCCACAGAACCUCGUUGGGGCACAGAAAAUCCCGGGAGAAGCAGCUCGGCGGGAAGCGGAAAGAAACGCUGGUGUAAGGAGAGCGAGGAGCCCCGCCAGGGGAAAACUGUUAAUUUAUAAAUAAUUCCGUGUACAUUUGCGUCCCGGGAGCGCCUCGGGAGCCGCUCCGCGGGGCAGGUCCUGGGUUUGUGUUGGAAUGGCAGCUACUGGUGUGCAGUCACUGUUGGAGUGGGGUCUGUUUUUACACUUUGAAUCCAUCAGGGGGUCCACAAAACCCUCGGGGCACAUCUGAAGGGAAAAUUCGGGUUCCUGGAAGUUUCCCACAGCUGUGGUAGAGGAUGGAAAAUAAAUUUUGGGCAGCACCGGGGGUUUUGAUCAACACUGCAAAAGUCCUUUAGAGGACUCAACACCCAAAGUCACUCUGGUGUGUGGUUAUGGCAAUUCCUGCAGAUUAGCAUGUUCCAAAAGGAAAAGUCCUUUAAAAACAGACCCCAACUUCAACAGGUUCUCACUUCACCUACUGGAAUCUUUGAUCUCUGUGUGUCCUUUGUACAUUCCUCUGUCUCGCUCUUGUAUCUGCCAACUAUUUAAUUUUUUUAUUAGUUUUGUUUUGAGUUUGGGGGUUGGGAUUUGGGGGUGUUCUUUUGUUUUCUUUGAUCAGUUGGGUUGGGUUUUUUUUAUUUUUGUAUUUUUGUUGCUCAGACUUGGCAUUUCCUUUCCAGUACUUGAUCCUUCGUGCUCCGAGGGGUGACGUCCCAGCUGUCCCUCACGUCACCCCCGAGCAAUCCACGGGCUGGGAGGAGACACUACUGAAAGAGAACUGCUUUACUCCAGGGUGUAGGAAGGUUGUAGGCACGUUGUAGGAGGGUUUGGGGAGCAGUGAGUAGAGGGGGUAGCAGGGAGCGAAGGUAGAUUCCGUGUUUUUUGUUGCCUUUUGGAAAUGAAACGCUUCCCAACGGGAAGCAGGACUUGGAGGCAACCAAGGGGUUCUUGCAUGUGGUAGAAAGGUAGAGAGGAGGUGCUGGAGGUGUGAGGAGAGGAGAGGAGGGGCUGUGGACACUCAGGGUGGCUGCACUGCCGUCUUCUAGCGCUCCAAAGAGCCGGGGGAAAUCCAGGGAAAGAUCCAGCCUGGGAAUGGCUGCAGGGCGUUGUGGGAGGCAAAGGGGUGACAGCUCUGAGCACAGCGGGUGUCCCUGAAAUCUGGGACUGGGGAGAGGGAUCCUGCAGUCCUGUCACCUGAAAUCUGGGAUUGGGAGUGAUCCUGCAGUCCCUGUGACUUGAAAUCUGGGAUGGGGAGUGAUCCUGCAGUCCCUGUGACCUGAAAUCUGGGAUUGGGAGUGAUCCUGCAAUCCCUGUCACCUGAAAUCUGGGAUUGGGAGUGAUCCUGCAAUCCCUGUCACCUGAAAUCUGGGACUGGGGAGUGGGAUCCUGCAGUCCCUGUGACCUGAAAUCAUCCAGGAUUGGGCAGUGGGAUCCUGCAGUCCCUAUCACCUGAAAUUGGGAUUGGGCAGUGGGAUCCUGCAUCGCUGUCACCUGAAAUUGGGAUUGGGAGUGGGAUCCUGCAGUCCCUGUCACCCAAAAUCCAUUAAUUGGCAGUGGGAUCCUGCAAUCACUGUCACCCAAAAUCUGGGAUUGGGCAGUGGGAUCCUACAGUCCCUGUGACCUGGAAUCAUCCAGGAUUGGGGAGAGGGAUCCUGCAGUCCCUGUCACCCAAAAUCUGGGAUUGGGAGUGGGAUCCUGCAGUCCCUGUCACCCCAAAUCCAGGACUGGGCAGCCAUAUCCCAAAUCCAGGCGUGGGGAGCGGUGCCUCCACAUCCGAGGGUUGUCACUGCCUGUGGCAUGUCCGGCCGGAGCUUUGGGGACGGGCAGAGGUGUACAUAGACACAGCGUGUGGUUCUCUGUAAAUGUUGUACAUUUAAAUGUUUCCAGUGCCAAGUUCCAUUAAAUUCCUGACGGCCUCUCA